AUGGCUUCAUAUGUCUACACCGAACUCCAAGCUACAAUAAGUGACUUGAGGCUGGUCAUCUUGCAGCCAGGCAGCUACCGCGACGAGUUGCGCUGCAACAUUCUUCAUUAUCCACUUCUCGAGCCAAAGGAACCUUUCAAGGACGAAAGGCUGCCUGUGAGCGAAUUGCAGAAAACUCUUCCAGAUGGCUGGACGGUGGAUCAAACUUUGGAUGGGCGAUACCUGUUCAUGAGCCCACGCCACUCAGGAAUCCCUAAUUCUUGGAAACACCCAGAUCCCGAAUAUGAUUCGAAAGCAUACGCCAUGCCAGAGCAUUCUGUGAGCGACAUCUUUGCGUGGCACGUACCUCCAUAUGAGGCCUUAUCCUAUUCCUGGGGAACUGCCAAUGACGAAGAAUUCAUUCACAUUACCGACCCAGCCAGUACUCACAACACGCCAGCCUGGUUAAGGAUCCGCAAAAAUCUAGCUACUGCCCUGAGACAUCUUAGAUACGCGGAUCAACCGCGCACAUUGUGGAUCGAUGCCAUCUGCAUCAACCAAGCCAACGUUGAAGAGCGUGGGCGACAAGUCAAGCGGAUGAGCCAGAUUUACCAACUUUCCGAAAAGGUGAUAAUCUGGUUGGGCUCCGAGUUUGAGGACAGCAAACAUGCGCUGGAGAACUUGGAGUAUUUCAGUAAACAGGUGGAAUAUGUGAUUUCUCAUCGGUGGGGAGAUGCCCCCAACGCCGAGCAGCUUGAUUGGUGGCGAGACGACGUUCCUCUGCCCUGGAAGGACAGGACUUGGAAAUCCAUAUCUUCGCUACUCCAUCGACCAUGGUUCGAGCGUGUCUGGGUUCUGCAGGAAGCUCUCUUGUGCGACCGUGUGGUGCUUCAAUGCGGCCGAGACGCUAUCGCCUGGGUCGAUGUACGCAAGGCAUUACUGGUGCUCCGACAGAAGUCAAGUCUGCUGCCAGAUGAUAUUAGGCGUCGUCUCUUCCCAUAUGCACGAGGCUUGAUGGCACCGCCGCUCGCUUCGUGUGAGCACCUGUUACUCUGGACGCGGAAUCAGCAAUGCUCAGACCCUCGAGACAAGGUGUACGGAAUUUUGGGCUUAAUGGAUCCCAGAAUCGUAGCCAAGAUCGAGGUGGACUAUUCUUUCCCUCCUUGGAAGACAUUUGCACAGCUCGUCUUAGCUGAACAUGACGUCUACCAGAAAUUGAACAUGAUCAAUAAUUGCGGCACAGCGACGCGUCCCGAGGGGUGCCCAUCGUGGGUACCAAACCUGGAGCAACCAGUAGAAGGUGCCAACAUAGGGUACUUGAGCAUUCGAAGAUUUUAUGCUUCUGCGCGCUCCAGUGCUGUGGUGAAGCUCAUCGAGCCGGCUGACCAUCUACAAGUCACCGGGAGACGCGUGGCCAUCAUCAGUCGUGUUAGCGAUGACUUGAACGGCACAUUCGUACAACUCAUGGAAGUGGUCCGAGAUUGGGCACCGAAAGAUCCACAAAACGACAAGUACGUCUCGGGAGGACUUUCUAUGGAUGCAUAUGUCGAAGUCCUUGUGCGCGGUAGGACCAGCGACAGAGCUCUGGGGGAUAAUCCGCUUCCAUCCAUCCGACGGCUUCGCGAGCUGUUGACAUCGGCAUUAUCUAAAGACAAACUUGAUGGCGAGGUAGCGCGGGCAUUCAAAGAUUGCUUCUUCGCGAACGAAUGUCUCUUUGGUACUACGGAAGGGUACAUGGGUGUCUCUGCGAGAGGCCUGCAAGAAGGCGAGUCCCCUCCAUCUCAAGACUUACCUCCAAGGUAG